AAAAAGCAAGGCUUUGUAACUUUCUUCGAUCAAGGCAUUACAAAUUUCAUGGCACAGUGUUUUUGUAUAUAAAAAGCCUGAGAAAGCAGCAAAAGAGAAAACCCUUACAAAAAAACAUUAUAAGCUUCUCAUAUAUAUAUAUAGAUAUAGAUAUCUCAUUACUAUCAUCACUGUUACAUGCUACAACAACAACAAUGGCAGCGGCCAUAAUAACCAGAGAUGAAUCCGACUACGACAGCAGCUCCUCAUCGAUCACCGUACCUGACUCCAGCCGUAGCUGGAUGAGCAAUCUUAGCUUCGGUAGUCGCCGGAGCUCGGUUUCUCUUUGUUCCGUUGAAACUUCUCUCUACACCUCUCAUAAGCCGCACAAGGCGAACCAGGCAGCUUGGGAAGCCAUGAAGCGACUCAAGAGAGCCAAAGGCAAAGUCGGGCUCGACCAUUUUCGGCUUUUGCGUAGGCUGGGAAGCGGUGACAUAGGGAAUGUUUACCUUUGCCAGAUAAGGAACCCCGUGGUUGGUUUGCCCCAGUGUUUUUACGCCAUGAAAGUGGUGGAUAGAGAAGCGCUGGCUAUAAGGAAGAAGUUGCAGAGAGCUGACAUGGAGAAAGAGAUCCUGGGUAUGCUUGAUCAUCCAUUUGUACCCACUUUGUAUGCUGAGUUCGAGGCUUCUCAUUACUCUUGCUUGGUCAUGGAGUAUUGCCCUGGUGGAGACCUGUAUGUUGCCAGGCAACGCCAACCCGGAAAGCGUUUCAAUAUUUCAUCUGCUAAGUUUUACGCUGCUGAGAUACUUUUAGCACUAGAGUAUCUGCACAUGAUGGGCAUUGUUUACAGGGACUUGAAACCAGAGAAUGUUUUGGUUAGAGAAGAUGGGCAUAUUAUGCUUUCGGAUUUCGAUCUUUCCUUCAAAUGUGAUGUCGUUCCCAAGCUGUUAAGGCGUAGUAAGCCCAACUUGGAAGACAAUGAAGAUGACGAUAACUUUUGCUUGACACCUUCAUGUGCUUCCCCCAUGCAACCGGUGCUGUCUUGUUUCUCAUCUUCCAACAGGAAAAAGAAAGGUUCUAGGGUCACAACAAUUACAGAACAAGCUGAUAGUAGCGCCGCCGCCCAAGAAGUUGGUCCUGAAUUGGUGGCUGAACCACUCAAUGCUAAGUCCAAGUCCUUCGUUGGUACCCACGAAUACUUAGCCCCAGAAGUGAUAUCAGGGCAAGGCCAUGGCAGCGCUGUAGAUUGGUGGACACUUGGGGUGUUUUUGUAUGAAAUGCUGUACGGGAGGACGCCUUUCAAAGGCGAAAACAAUGAGAAAACACUGAUUAACAUCCUUAAACAGCCAUUAAGCUUCCCGAGAAUCAGUGUUAAAAGCGGCAAAGAGUUUGAAGAUAUGGUCAAAGUUCAAGAUCUCAUCAGCAAGCUUCUAGUGAAGAAUCCAAAGAAGAGAAUUGGAAGCAUGAAAGGAUCUGUCGAAAUCAAAAGGCAUGAAUUCUUCAAAGGGGUGAAUUGGGCUCUCAUUAGAUCAGUACGGCCACCUGAAGUCCCCAGUGAUCUUUACAAGGUUAGGAGUAGCAGAGUUCAUAUUCCGAAGCUAAGCAAACAAGAAAGAGAUGCCCCAUAUCAAAUCCCUCGUCAUUUUGACUAUUUCUAACUCUAAAAAUGUAAAUUAAAAUCAUGUAUUACACCAAAACAAAGAGCUGUUUUACUUGCUAAUGAGAGAGUUUUCUUUUCUUUUCUUUUCAAAAAAAAAGAAGAUAUUGUAAGCUUCUAAUUGUUUCUAUGGUUUGAAUUAAUUUUAACAUUUAAUUUAUUUUUA